AUGACCUACCUACGAUUCAUCACCAGCCUGCUGCUGGCAGCAUGUGGGACCAUAGCAGCACCGACGGGUCCCCAACGCAGAGCGUCAACGCCCAUAUCGUCCAUCACCGUUGCGCAAUGGGUGUCGUUCAACCAGUCCGUCAAUGGUCGACUGCAUGUCAACUAUCCGUUCGCCAAGCCAUGCUACAGUCUGUAUGAAGGCAAGACAUCAGCACCAAACACUGCUCAAUGCUCUGCUAUCCAAAACGGCUACACAGAUGAAGUCUACGUAGCCAGUCAGCCUGGCGGAUACAUGAAUACGAACUGGGGAUACUGUCAAGCCACAGCCCAAGAGUGCGGUCUCGACUUCAACCUGCCUCAAGAUCCAUUGUACUACACUCCACCAGCCAACUGUAGGCAAGGCGCUACACCAGACUACUAUGUCGAUGUCCAAGCAGUCUCCGAUGUCCAGGCCACUCUGGCCUUCGUGAACAAGACAGGCAUUCCACUCGUAAUCAAGAACUCCGGCCACGACUACAAAGGCCGCUCAUCCGCUCCCAACUCCCUGGCACUGUGGACACACAACUUACAGCCCGCCAUGAAGUUGACGAGGAACUUUGUCCCAGACGGCUGUACUGCACCCGCAGCCGAUGGCGUCACCAUGGGAGCUGGACAGGGUUUCGGUGACCUUUACAGCUUCGCCGAGGCCAAUGGUAUCACGAUCGUAGGUGGCUCCUCACGCACCGUAGGCGCAGUCGGAGGCUGGAUCAGUGGCGGAGGCCAUGGCGCCCUGUGCAACACUCUCGGCCUCGGCGUCGACAAUGUACUGCAGAUCAAGGCAGUCCUGCCGAACGGGACAUAUGUGACCGCCAAUCGCUGCCAGAAUCAGGACAUCUUCUUCGCCUUGCGAGGAGGCGGCGGGUCCACCUUCGGCGUCAACAUCGAGAUGACUACGACUGCGCAUCCGAAGACGCAACUCCAGGUGGCGUAUAUACGCUUCUUGUCUGCUGAUCUGGACAGCAUCAACAAGUUCAUCGCCGUCGCUGUCCAGAAUGGCGAUCAAUGGGCCAAAGAUGGAUGGGGCGGGUAUAUCUCACCCGGUGCAAUGUCCAUACUCGUCAGCGGUCUCGUGCUCUUCAAUCCCAAACUUACCCAUGCGGAGGCAGUCGCCAGUAUCAAGCCGAUGACCGAUUACGUCGCUUCUCUAGGUAACAUCGCGUUGAACAACGAAGUCGAUACUAGUCCGUCCUUCUACCAGGCAUACAACCAAUACCUCCUUCCCAACGAGGAGAAAGUCGGGAUUGGUCUCGCAGUAGGCAGCCGUCUGAUGCCGAGAUCACUCUUCACUUCUACCAGCGGCCAGCAAAGCCUGACCACUGCACUGGAGCAAGUCGGGAAACAAGUCGAGCCCAUUACCGGCACGACAGCCAACCCGGACCUAAAGGUCGUGAGCUACGGUGCACCGUACCAGUUCCUCGUCACGGCGCCGUCCUCAUAUCCGGACAACGACACGGUCGCUUCCUCGGUCACUCCAGCAUGGCGCGAUACACUCUGGCAUGUCAUUGUCGGCCAAGCCUUUGCCAAUAAUGCCGACGUAGGCACCAUCAACAAGGCCUUCGCAUCAGCACACUCUGCCGCCAAGAUCCUAGAGGGAGUGGCGCCGAACAGUGGAGCGUACCAAAAUGAAGCGGACGUGUUCCAGGAUAAUUAUAUCCAGGCUUUCUGGGGCCAGGAGAAAUACGAUAAGCUGUUGUCUAUGAAGAAGACGCUUGAUCCGGGCAAUCUGUUGACGUGCUGGGAAUGUAUCGGGUGGGAUAGUGGUGAUGCUCGGUAUGGAUGUUACCCUGCUGCGCCGUCCUGA